AUGGCGUCCGAACUCCGCACGUACGAGUUCCAGCUAUCGCAGGUGGAACAUGCUAUUGAGGCAGAUCCUGGGAAUGCCGAGCUUACGUCACUGCGUGAUGAGCUCGCGAAUCUGAUCCACCUCACGAAAGAGUAUCACAGCGCCACGGACGCGAAGCCCAAGCCGGUGCAGGAGACGCACAGGUACCAGGCCGGUGACGAUUGCAUGGCACGGCACCACGCGGAUGACCGCUGGUACCCGGCGAAAAUUACGGCGGUCACGGGCUCGGCAGAGAAUCCCGUGUACUCGAUUCUCUUCACCAAGCUCAAGACGACCGAUGUGGUCAGCUCAGCUGAUCUUCGUCCACGCUCUGCAUCGCAGCCAUCAUCUGCCAAAAGCAGUAGCAGCAGCGCAUCGCGGCCCAUGACGCGGGACGAGCUGGCCGAGGAGCGCGAACGCAAACGCGCCCGCAAGGAGAAAAAGAUGGAGCGCGAAGCGGCGAAAAACCGCGAGCACGACGCGCGACAGUCGGCCUGGCAAAAGUUCCAGGCCAAGGCUGUCAAGAAAAAGUACGGCGUCGCCGGCGAUCGCAGCAUGUUCAAAACACCCGACGAUCCUUACGCCAAGAUCGGCUCGUCAGGCGGACGCGGCAUGACCAAGCAGGCACCACGGCUUAAGCACACAUACGAGUCGUAG